AUGCUAGUGGACAGACUGAAUAGCCGGUUUCAUCAUCACCCGUCAGACGUCGGGUCUCAGCAGGCUUUGCCCACCUCCUGGAAGAAACGAGCUCAGAGAGUUAUUGCCCAUGUGGAAGGGAGGUGUGGCAUUGAUGACGUGGAGGGCAAGCGAGAAGCGACUCGGUUGGACCAAAUUAUUUCCCGGCUAAUUGAUAGUGGACGGGAGAAAUGGGUACACACGCGCGUGCCGCCCAACUGGCCCCCUGCCGGCUACUUCAGAGGAAUAUGGCGUAUGAAUAGGCAUUCAAGCAGCGGCGAAUUGGCCGUAGCAGAAAGGAUAACUGAUUGUGAACUUUUGAAUAAAUCUCGGCAAAAUGUACCCAAUUGCGUAGAAGUAGGUGCGAGCGGAGAAGAGGGGGUCACGCCUAAUCCCCGGCAGUUGGCUGACUCCAACCGCCCGAGGGCUAACUACUGCUCCGGCUGUCGUCCAGCCGCUUCAUCGUCAUGGUUUGAGCCGUGGCGACUGUGCAUAUGUGUAGCCGGGCCUGCAUGUAAUCGCCCCCCCCCAUUCGGAAGAGAGGAGACGAUUCUGCCUGGCAGACCGCGCUCUGGCCCUGCCAGUUCACUGCUCUUCACAUCGCCUCGGCCCGAGCCCCAGACCGAGCCGGAGCCCGAGACCGAGCUCGACCCCGCCCCCUCCGUCCGGUUUCACGCCGGUGCCCAGCUCUCAGGAUUAGGCUCCAACUGCCACAGCGCAGCCAACCCGACCAUGUGGCGACCUAUUGAAGGAGAGAGCCAGGACUGGCCGAGUCUCGGAGGCAGCGAUGCUUAG